CGCGCUUGGUUUCUCUAAGAUAAUCUACCCCUCCAUGGAGAGAAAAAAAAUUCGAGAGGGAAAGAGUUAAGAAGAGGAAAAAAAUUAAUUGAGCUCAACUCCAUCCCGCUCUCUAUUGGACACUCCACUUCGUCUUAGCAACCUCAUUGUCUUCCUAGCGACCGUCUCACUUUUUUUCUUCUCAUCUAUCCCUUUUCCCUCCCUAUUAUUCCUCUCCUAGGUACCCAAUAUCACAUCGUAUUGUAUUGUAUUGUACUGUACUGUACACAUACAUACAUAGAAACAUAGAAACAUCUCACAGACCUCCUAACUAGGGCUGCGGUUUAUUAUUGUUGUUAUUAUUAUCUACCACCCGGGUUGGCGGCAAGCAGGCUACCUACACCUCCUCCUACCUACUAUCCCAUCCCGCCCCCCUGCGCAUAUUCCGCGGUCACCUCUAAGGCGGCCUUGUCUCUCUGCCUGUCUGACUUGGCUGGGCUUGUGCCUUGUCUCUGCCUAUCCCAUUCGUCUUUCUACCUCCCCUCCUGGUCCUUCACUGUGCCACACCCCCAAAAUUUUUCUCUCGCAUUAUCUCUUCCGUCGGUACACAUAUCGUCCAAGCCCGCCCUCACUCCUCAUCAUCUCUUCUUCUCUCCUUUCCUUUUCUCUUCCUCAGCAUGAGCGGUCUAUCCACCACCGACACCCCCGCUGAUUCCGUGGCAACAAACCCAAGUCAGCCAAGCAUCACUUCAUCUUCCAUAACCGAUGCCUCGCGACGAGAGCCCGCCUCCUCCGCCGCCGGUACCGCCGAACUCGCCGGUCAAUCGGUAAUUGCCUUGACUGGGCACGAGCAGGAGAAACUCGAGACUGCUAAGAAACUGGUCAUCGACGCGCUUAGAUUCGUACCUGACUUCCCUAUCCCCGGUAUAAACUUCAUCGACAUCCUACCGAUCUUCCAAAACCCAGUCGCCUUUGAGUCGCUUCUUGAGGUGCUCGUCCUCUUGAUCCGAGAGCGAUUCGGCAACCAGAUUCCAGAUGUCAUAGUGGGUCUAGAAGCCCGCGGUUUCCUCUUUGGGCCUACACUUGCAUUGAGGCUCAGCCGUCCAUUUGUUCCAGUCCGAAAGAAGGGCAAGAUGCCAGGCGCAUGCAGGACUGUUGAAUACAAGAAAGAAUAUGGCAAAGACGAGUUCCAGGUGCAAUUAGAUGCCAUCAAGCCUGGUCAAACAUGCUUGAUAGUGGACGAUAUCAUUGCUACUGGAGGAACUGCUGCCGCUGCUGGCCAACUUGUGGAGCUCUCCGGUGCUAAGGUCAUGGGUUACCUCUUCAUGAUUGAGAUCACAAAUCUCAAGGGCAAGGCGCUGCUAGGUGACAAACCAUUUGUCACCCUCGUCGAACACGAUGAAGAAGAAUAGACUCGGCGCGACAUUUGCCAUAACAUUUCUGGUUUCCACGUCAAGGUUUCAACCCCAGAUACACGAAAGAGGACAAAAAAUAAUUCACAAAUUCUACUAUUCUACCAUUCUAAAUCUAAUGAUAGAUGCCUCUCGGAAUUUAUUGGAUAGUCGGGCGGAAUUAGAAGGCGCUGUCCGGUUGCUACGUACUUCAGUGCAACCAUAAUCACGGGUGGGGAAAGCUGGUUGAGGUUGCAUGGCUAUGGCGUUAAUGGAACACGAACACCACCAGUGAUACAGAAUCUCUGUUUUUUUAACAUGAUUUGCUCAUAGAGAGUCAUAAUUCCGUAAUCCAUCCUAAUCUCAAUAGUCUGUUUGAUUUAGUUGCUGCGAAUACGUAUUGGUUAACGUAUCACAUAUAUCCCACGAACAGCUCGAAGCCGACAGAUCGUUAAAGUACUUUCCCGGGUACCUAGGACCAAGUCCUAGGUGCUUAUCACAGAAGUGCUCGCCAUAAUCAUGUCAUUAUGAAAUAAUAUCGUUGUUACAUUAAAAGCACUGGCCUCGUUUCUCGUUUUCUAUUGUUGCAAUAGGAAUCAAGCUUGGUAGUAGUCAACAGAAUUUCUAACGCAUUACUGUCGUUGAAAUUACUUCUUACGAGCUACUAUUUUUAGUCCACAUCUCGGGUUCAGGACUACAGGUUUCUUGGUAACAAAAUCUAAUAACUACCAAACUUUAUC